UAAUAAAUAAAAUAUUUGAAUUAUUUCCCUUUGGAUGUUGCAGAAAAUAAUCGUGAUUUUUUGCUCUUGUACUCUUGAAACUGAACACUUGUGCGGGUAAGAACACUUCAGUCUUUAUAUUUAUAUAUCUAGGCUUAGGUUAUGCUACUCUGAUCGACUUUAAGCCUUUUUUAACAGUAAUGUAUUGCGCGAGUAUUUGUGUCAUGCGUUGUAAAAUUUAAACGUACAAGUACUGGGCGAGUUAUAUUAGCUGAAAAUAGUUGAAUAACAACGUUUUUCCCCACCAUUAAAUGUACAGUAUCAUUUGUAUAGUAUAUAGUUACUUUGUUUACGAUAUAAGGCCGUGAAAAUCAUAAAAUGCGAAAAAUAGCUGUUAAAUUAAACAUCGCUUCUAUGCGGCAUGUUUUUGAAAGCGUCUGUCAUGUAUUUUCGAGACGAUAUUUGGCAAACAGCGUGUUUCAAAUUUCGAGGGAUUGUGUUUCAAAUAAAGCCAACACGUUUCGCUUUAGUAGUUUCACAAGUGGAAACGGAUAUAAGACGUCUUUAUUUCACAACUGAAAGGUUUUAAUAAUUAUGACUUCAUAUCCACAAAGGAAUUUUUGUAUUGUAAACAACGACUCUUGACAACAGCGCUAUAUAAAGUCAGAAAUGAAACGGAGUAAAAUAUAUUUUUAACGUCUCUUUUGCCCCUUGAACACAAACAUAUAGAUGUAAUUUCUUAUCCAAUUUGAUAUAAAUUCAUUGCAACUACAAUUUUAUAUGAACAUUGUGUUGAGGCAAACCAUACUCAAUAAAUAAUGCUUUAUAAUGUCAAAUAUAUUUGUAUUGUACAACCACUGACACGCGAUUUUGAAUUUUAAUCCGCAAGGAUUAUUCUGGCUGAAACUAUUCACAAAUAGCGUAGUUUUACUUAUUUAAUUAAGCAAAAUUUAUAAUUUGAAUCAAGGAAAAAUGUGUGGCAAUGCAAACUGCCAAAUUUACCAUCCAUGGUAAAUCAAAUUGAGGAGUGAAAGAAUUCUUUUACACAGCUAGGGAUCGACCUGAUUGGAUUCCGAUACCCAUCAGCUCAAGAUCUUUGGCGAAAGCAUAGCCACUUGGCAUAGCCAGGGACGCUGGAACGAUGUGAAGGCAAGAGGGGCAGAUUUUCGUUAAAGGGCACUUUUGAAUUGAUAUUUUCUAAGAGAUGUUUACAAAACAUCGGGAGUUCAACUUCGCCUAAUCAUGUUUUCUAUUUAUUGGAUGAUAGGGAUGUGAGGGGGUUAUCCGCCAGGUGAUCUUGCUAUUCUUGAAACUCGAUGAACUUGCGUUUUCUGAAGUCAAUUCGUAAAAUAAUUGCACUGACAAUUCACUGCAAUUCGCUAAUUGCACUGACAAUUUCUGAAAAUUCGCUAUUUCGCCAAGGCAAUCCUUUAAAUUGAAAGGGCACCUUUGCCCCCCUUGUCCCUCCUGGUAAAGGGCAACGGGGGCGGCUGCCCCUCCUGCCCCCCAGUUCCGGCAUCCCUGGGCAUAGCACAAAGGAGUUUUUGGCAUGAAAAAAUUAAAAGGCAGCAGAUUGGCAGGCUGGCGGACUGUGUCUGUUUAAGAAAUGUCAAAAUGUGCUUUUGGCAGGUUUUCUAAGGGGCUGAUUACAUGGACCGGGCCAGCCCGGUUAACCGGGCUGAAAAAUGUCACGAAAAUCUUCCUUGGGGUGCAAAAUGAGUUUUGAUAGGAUGAUUUUGCAUCUAUAAUAAACCAAUUAUUUAUCGCAAAUCUAUUUUACGCGAGUUUUAAAACUGCACAGUAAGGUCCUAAACAAACGAGUCAGCCCGGUUAACCGGGCCAGCCCGGCACCAUGUAAUCAGCACCUAAGACCCUGUUUACACGGUACCGGGCGAAUUUGGGUCCAGUCUGAAAUUCGUCCGUUUCGGCUGUGUAAACAUAUGAGAACCACAGAACCGGACAAAUUUGAAACCCCCUAACAGGACGAGUUUGCAUGUAAACAGACGAAAAGGACGAAUUUCAGACCCAAAUUUGGCCGGUACCGUAAACAGGGUCUAAAGUUGUAAUUUUCCUGGUGUAAAUCUUUGGCGAGCGAAAAUGAAGAAAUCCAAUCAGGGGGAUCGAUUAAAAUACAUGGACAUGGACAAUUGCAGCCUGGCUGAAAUUUUAGUCUAGGUAGUCCGAUCCGGGAUGAUAUCUCAGUGCCAGUUGCAGAAAGCUUGUAUAUUGCGCUGUAUUUACUGUUAAAUUUUCAAAAUCUUGAGUGUGCAUUUUCAGGUCUCCGUUCAGGCUGAAAUGUUAGAGUCUUGAAAUUGAGCUGUUUAGCAUGUUUUGCUUCAUUCAAUAACUUGCUGAUCUUAUGUCUUCUGUUUGACUUCUGUAAGGCCAUAUAAAAUAAAUUUCUUGAUUCUCAUCACCGCCCAACGAUACUUGGAUUUCCUCAUUGAUAUAUUUUUAUAUUUUCUUAUAAAAUAUAAAUUUGCUGCCCGACCGAGCAUCUUUAGAGAUUUAGUUAUUUUUAUAUUUUAUAGUGGAAUUUUUUGCGAUAUAAAAUUGUUUUAUCGUUAAUAUUGCAACAUGUUAAGGUAUAUGCGGGAUACUGAAGGAAAACAUGGGCUUAUUACGUACAACGAUUUGUGUGGACCCUUGUGUAUGUUCAUUAAAGGGGCGGUAUGAUCAAAAUUUUUAUUAGAACUCUUAAACCAAUGAAAGCUUAAACGAAAAUGCUCGUAAAACUGUAUAAUAACUUGUUUUGAAAAUUUUUGUUCUCAUGCUUAGUUCUUGAGAUAUUUCUUUUGUUUGUAACCAUGUGACGUCAUCUACUCAAUUACAUAUAUAAUGAGAUAUCAGUAAUUGUUGUGUAUCUUUGCUAUUUUUAUCGAUUUGUUAAUAAACACAGUAUCUUAAUGAUGCAGGUUAAAUUAACAAACACGCCGCAUCUUUCGAAAGAUUUUGAUAAAAAUAGCAAAGAUACACAACAAUUACUGAUAUCUCAUUAUAUAAUGUAAUUGAGUAAAUGACGUCACAUGGUUAAUAAAAACAAAAUGAAAUAUCUCAAGAACUAAGCAUGGGAACAAAAAUCUUCAAAACAAGUUAUUAUACUGUUUUACGAGCACUUUCGUUUAAGAAAAUAAAAUUUUUUAUCAUACUGCCCCUUUAACGCAUGUGCAAUUCUCCACUUAGCAGCAUUCUUCUAUGAUAUAAGAAGGCCAAAUAGAAAAAGACCUCCCUCUCCAAUUUUUAAAGAUCGAGAUCUCCUCUUGACAACUAAAAUCGUAUGUGGCGUUAUGACAAAGUAACAUGAUUAUAUAUAGUACAUACCGGCACAUUGGAGUGCAAUUCAACUUAAUUAAUUAUAAUAUGUUAAAGAUGUUGAAUUGAUCCUUGUUCAACUUACAAUAUUGUCUUGUUCAACUAGGCCUGAAGUUUCUUCUUCAUUAUUUGACUAAUGUAUUUUCAUUGCGGUCUGGUCAACUGGGAUAAACAGUUUCUGUAAAUAGUUCAAACCAGAAUAAAUUUCAAGCCUGGCAAGAAUUUUUGUCAUGUAAUCAGAAACUCCAUUUUACAAGGAUUUCAUAUACUUAGGAAGCCUUAAAUUGCCAGCUUGUAUUUUUGUUUUGAAAAUGUGUCAAAACACUAUUUACUGAAUAUUAAUCCAUAUUAAUUAUUAAUUAGUAAACAGAACUUAACUCUCUUGAGAAAUAACAAUGAGCUUUAUAAGCAAUUAAGUGACAUAGAUAGGUUUUUGUUAACACUGACGACGACGUCACCCAAAAAUUGCAGACGUUCCAACUUGACAUAGAUCUCCAAAAAUCGGGAGGUCUGGUAAAGGCAAGAAAACGUUGACCUCUAGUGUGACUGGGUAGAAAAUUUAGAAAAUUUAAACUUUCUUUCAGAAGCGCCAUUUCUUGAUUCCGAGACUCGUGAAUACAACAACUGUAAAUUUCUGCCUUUCAUGCGAAAUAUUACAAAACUUUGUCGUUCAAAACACCCCUCUUGGCAAAAUACCGCUUUUUUGUCAAUCCGAAAACUGUUUUUACCGUACGCGAACGGCUUUUACGAGGAUUCUUUUAGAAAAAGUAACAUUUUUUCUUUUCAUUCGUAAAAUCGGGAGGUUUAAAUAUAAAUCGGGAGAUCGGGAGAUUUGCCAAGAAAUCGGGAGCCUGCCGAUCAAAUCUGGAGGGUUGGGACCUUUGAAAUUGGUAUAUAUAACCAAUUAAUUUUGGCAGCAUUUUGCAUUGUAGCGCUUGUGUAAGGAAACAAAUAAUCUUGUGUGUUGAAGAUUACUGUACAUACCACAAACUGAUACAAAUUAACACAGUUUUUCAUCCAGUCUCCCCUGGGCAAAAAUGUCACUUGCUUUUAAAAGCCUGGUCAUUUAAUUCUGACUGGGUCCAGAGGAAAUUUCUGCUGUCUUGAGGGGAGUGUCUGAAAAGUCUACUUAACUGUUAAUAGUAAAAUAUCUAGCUAAGGACAUCUGAAUGGAGAUGGAGGUUAAUUUAACUUCCAAUUUUUUCUGUACUGGGGUAGGUGCAUGUUCUUCUGUGGUGUAUUAAUUAAUGUUUAAUCGGCACAGUUUUAACCAAUCAGAGUCCAAUAAUUAAUCGACUAAAAUGAUAUUAAUCUAUAUAUUAUAGAAUAAUACUGUAAGAAUUGUUUUACCAACAACUCUUACCAAGCAUCUUAUAUUUCAGGUCAUCAUGGGUGAGAGUUGCUACGGAGCAGUCCGUGUCAUAGUGAUCUUCUUUAACUUCAUAUUUUUUGUAAGUAUAAAUAAAGACUCAUAUACAUAUGAUAAUUUACUAAUAUUGUAUACUACAGUCCUUGCACAGUCGAAGAUGAAAUUAUUGACGGCAGUUUUUUGCCGCCGCCAAAUUUUUGUGUUCACUGCCUUCUCAAUUCGAUUAAUUCUUCUAAGUAUGAACAGAUGAUUAUUAUUAUGAUGAUUAUUUGAUGAUUGCUGGUCUCAAUGCAUGUGAAAGUGAAACAAGGUUUUCUCAAGUAUACAUCAUGCAGUAGAGAAUGUUAUAAAAACAAUACAGUUCUAAUCUCUAUCAAAGACAUUAACAACAAGUAAAUACUAUGCAUGCUCAUGCUUCUUCAAUCUGUCAUUAAAUACUAAAGGACUACCGAAUGGUUUUCCGUGCAGGAUUGCGUGAUCCAUGCACGCGGGAUGUUGCGAGACUUUCGGAAAGCGUAAAAAGACACGAGCCGUAGGCGAGUGUAUUUUUACGCUUCCCGAAAGUCGAGCAACAUCCCAAGUGCAUGGAUCAUGCUAUCCUGCACGGGAAAACCAUUUGGUAAUUGUUUUAUAAAAUUACUACAGUGAAACGACGCUUAACUUGAUUAAAUUUACUGAUGAAAUGUGCAGUUCUCACAACAUUCGUGAAUUAACCAAUCAGAGAAUCGCUACUCCACGCUAUUGAAAACAACAACAUACGUGAACAGAAUUUGAUCGCAAAUUCGCGAAAAUAUACAGCGAAAUUACAGGGACUUUUUCGAUAAGAUAUACGAAAUUUUAAAUGGAAAACCCGCUAAACAGAGAGACAACGUAAUUUUGAAGAUUCUCGAGCUGAAUAUGGGAAGAUUGCGAAGCGUUUGAUCAACUUUGAAGCGAGAGAUGUUGUACUUGGAUGCCAUGGUCUGAUGAAUUUCAACGCUUACGCGUUGCUACUUGCUGAAUAGCAAUGUAUCGAUCAGAAAUUUAUUCAUACAACUAAACCAACGUCUCAAUAAUUGGAAACUUACUUCAAAGUCGAAAGGUAUCGUACAAUGAAACUUUACAAUGCGAGUAUAUUUGUAAAAUUAUGUGCAAGAAUUUCUGUUCAGAAUUUCCCGUGCAGGAUUGUCUGAUCCUGCACGGCUGUUGACCAAUCAAAUUGCGUGUUUCACUGUAGUUAUUAUAUAAAAAAAAAUUGCUGCAGCUAAGUUGGAAAUAUUGAUGACAGGGGUGGAAAAAUUUUCUUUCUUUCUUUCUGGGAACCUGGGUUGAAGGCUAGAAAUUUUCUGUAAAAUUUGCAAUGUUACAAUUACAAAAAUAUUAAUAAAACAAAUGCAUAAUUUUUGUAUUAUUUGUACUUUUAAUUAGUAAUAAUAGGCUUUAGGCUGUUUUUUUUUGUAUGCUAGCUUGUACAUCGCAAUAGUUGUCUGUUAUAUACCACAGUUAUGAGUUAUGACCAACUAGUAAGGAUCUAAUGCUUAACUAAGAGUCCCAUCAUCUUAUUUAUUCCAUCACUUUUAUUUGUUUACUAUUUAAUAUGCAUUUUAUUGGAGACUUUGCAGAGCGUAUAUUUACCAUUUUACCUCAUUGUGAUGGCAGGGGUGGGUAAAAGAAUUAAUUUCUGUCAAAUAUUUAAAAGCUGCUGAUGUUAGUGUGUACAGUGUAAAUAAAGUAGAAUAGUUGUAACUUGUAAGUUGAGUAAACAGAGUUAUCUCAAAAUGUUGAAAUAUUAUCUGGAAAAUUUUCUGCAAAACUCUCAACUCAAAAAAAAAUUCUGGGAACUAGGUUCCUAGGUUCCGAUACUUUUUCCACCCCUGAUUGAUGGCAAUUUUUUUGCCUACGAAGAUUUAGCAAAAUGGGGAGGACUGAUUCUAAACUACAGUAACUCACAAAAGGAAGAACUACUGUAGAAUUCCCCAUUGGAAUGAGUUUUUCUGUCCGAACUUUAAUGGAUUUCAGUAGGAAAAUUUAAAUUCCUAUUGGAAUUCACUGAGCUGCAGCAUGGUUUAAUUAACUAAGGUAUAUUUUAACACAGCCUUGAUCUGGUAAAUUUUAAAGGAAGUAAUUAAAAACGCAAAUUUUGUACUUACAUAAGGUUAAUUAAGAUACUAAUACUAGAAGUUUGACUGGGGGCCAUAGACAUACUUUGUUGAAACCAGCUUUAGCUGACAAUGUUAGUGUGAGCCUGUGAGGUUAAAUCAAGUUUGUCAUCAUCACCAGAGCUGAGUGUCGAUCUGCUCACAGGUGUCUACGAGAAGUGGUUUGACUCUAAUGUCGUUUUAUUAAUUAAGACUGGUAUUAAAUUUCAUUUCCAGCCAUUAUUUUUUUAACUAUUUCAUUUUUUGUACAAUUUACAGUUUUUAAUAUCUGUCGUCACCGUACUUGCCCAUGUGGAUGGUUAGGUGCAGACAUGCAUGGUCAGCUAAUGAUCUAGGAAUUUGAGUUACUUGGAUUUAGGUCUGAAUCUUGUGAACAUGCAUGCAUGUCCAUUCAGGACCUGACCACCAAACGUCUGCACCUUAUCACACCAAACUAGGUGUGCCAUAGAAAAAGUAUUUUUACAUUAUGUACUGUAUGUGCUGUCAUGUGUCGGUGAAGUUCCGUACCAUUUGCAUGGAAUUGCAAUUUUUUCAUGUUUCUUUGCUAUAGCUAUGUGGAUGUGGUAUAUUAUCAUUUGGUAUCUAUGUGCAGAUUGAGAAGGGUGAUUAUGCUGCAGUGUCAACAACAAGAGGUCUUACUGCAUCACUCUUAUUGAUUGUUGCUGGGUUUAUCACUGCUCUCAUUUCAUUCAUGGGAUGUCUUGGAGCUUACAAGAAAAUGAGAACUCUUCUCUGGAUUGUAAGUGAAGUAUAGACUGAAUAUAUUUCUUAGAAAUUAAUUUGAAGUUCAAAAGAAGACCCUAUAUUUCAUUCAUGUGAUAUAGUCAUUUCAUUCAUGGAACCCAUGUCUUGGAAUAUGGUUACCAGAGUUCAUUUAUUUAAUAGCUUUAGUGCCUGCAAGCAAAACUUGUAACUUCAAAAUGUGCCUGCAAAAAUGCAUCAUACUGUUUAGGUUUUGCGAGCUAAAUGUUGUUAAAAUGUCAGACAUAUUUUAAAAUGUGCAGGAAAUUCAUAAAGUGCAUGACUUUGAACAAAAUAAAGUUAUUUUUCAUCCCUUAUUUUGCAAUAAACCCAUUGAUAUCAAUUAUAUUCCACGUCAUUUGGAGCUUAUAAGAGAAUGAGAACUCUUCUCUGUUUGCCUUUGGCUCUUUGUUUGUGCAUCUAUUCUUCAUGAAAAAUCCUACAGUAUAAGAUCAUACGAGAAUUACCAAUUAUACUGUAUUUCCUAUUCUUGGGACUGUAUUUCUUAUUCUUGGGUUUCACUACAGCAUUUUGCAGUGAAUCUGGCGGGGGUCAACCUCAAAUGUAUUGCCUUUUUAUGCUUAUGCUGUACUGGAGUGUGAAAAUGAUACGAAAUUCCAUGUAUUUGCCACCAAUCACAAGGCUAACACAUAAAACGAACAAUCGACUCACUCUGAUAACUGUAUUAAAAUUUGUUUUAGAGUUGACCCCCCGUCACUUCUGUGACGUCAUAUGAAAAAUAUAAAAUAUAGGAUUAAAUUAUGAUUUGGACCAUAGUCUGAUAAGAAUUCCUAUAGGAGUUCCAAUAGGAUUGUUAAUAUAUACUGUACAUAUAUGUACGACAUGUCAAACACUCAAUCUCUAACAUAAUAUCUCAUGAACCGUUACAGAGAUUUCUGUUGGAAAUCAGUUUUAAUAUUUGCUGUUUCAUACAGCUAGACCAUCAUUAAUUUUACCAAAAUUCCAAAUCCCAUCUACAGUAUCCAGUAAACUGUUUCUUGCUGCCAUAUAUUAUGAUUUAUGCUGAACAUCUUCAAAAAUUGCAUUGAAUUCAUAAACUAGUCUUUGGAUAAAACAUUAUAUUCUGUUUCUCCUUAAAGUUUGUUGUGAUGAUGGGUUUGAUUGUGAUCUUAGAGAUUGCUGCUUUCAUCUUGGCUAUAGUCUAUCGAGGAAAGGUAAGGAUGUCUUCUUAAGGCAUGUUUAAACGAGGCCAACAUGAUGGUCAACCAGUGAGCUCCAUCUGGAGCAAGAACUUCAGUUAUUCGGCCAAUGAGAAAAGUGCAUCCAAGAUGGCGGUCAUUGACGACCAAUAGCUCUCAAGGUCGUAAACAGCUUUUAUACCAUUUUCCCAGUUUUUCUAAAGGACUGUAUAGCUAACCAAGUUAUCAGAUCAUAAAACCAUAGUGUUAUUCUUUAAAUCGAUGUCAAAAUACGAAAUUUCGGUACACUCUUUGCGAAGAUGGCGGAAAUUAAAGCCGCUAUUGGACGACAGUUCCAGUCCCUUUCUAUUUUUUUGACUGCACGGUUGACACGAAGCUGACUUCACUUUUUAGACUCAAGUUCUCGCUCCAGAUAUAUAUGGACUAUAUGGAGCUCACUGGGUCCAACAUCAUCCAACAUUGUUGCAUGGAUGAUGCAAUUUCGCCGGCGAUUUUUCUCCUCCUCACGGAUGUGGCUGAAUGAGUGACGUGCAAAAGACUUCCAAAACGCGAUUCCAUAGUCCAAAACGCGAUUCCAUACUUUUGGCUACGAGUUCACUCAUUCGCAUUUGUCAGGAGGAGAAAAUCGCCGACAAAAUUGCUAGUGUGAACCAGGCUUUAAACACUAUGUUGGACAAUGUUGUCUGAUGUUGGAAAAUGUUGGACUUUGUUUAAAAUUUUCAUCGUCCAACAAUCAGCCUGAAAGUUGUCGAUUAUCGGCCUAUGCCAAGUAUUAUUAGUUUAGGUUAGCUUCCUGAUGAUGACUGAAUCUUAGUCGAAAGCUAAAAUAUUAAGAGGUUUAUUUUCGGAGUUACCGUUGUUUUAUAUUUCGGCUUAACAACUUCUUCUUUUAACCUGGGUAGCGGUUGUACUAAAGGCUUAAUAAAAACUACUUUUUUCACUUCCCGUUUUGUAGUUAAAUAUAUGUUAACUAUAAAUUAAUUAACUAGACAGAGAUUCAAGCUGUUUGACCCACCUAAUUGAAACCGUCAAACGUUCGUAACAAACUUUGAUAUUUUAAACGAGACACUGUUUUUGUCUGUUUUUAUCAGACGAUGGUAUAAUGAACACUGUAUCUGCCUGAGGGUUAUCAUAAUGAUAUUUUGAUUUGGACCAGAGAUCCAGAGAUUUGUAUCCGUUUAAAACGGAUGUCUGCUGUGGGUUAAUAGAGAUUCGACUGUAUCAACAUUUUCUAAUAUUUCUGCAGUUGCGAGACGAGCUUUAUGAUGAUAUGAUCUCAUCAGCACAAGAAUAUGGUAGGGAGGAUCAAGAUGGGAUCACUGAUGGAUGGGACUGGAUACAAAGAAAGGUUUGAUUGAUAUACCCCCAGCUAAAGUUCUUACCCUUGCGCAGGUUCUUGUCUGCCAUUCUUGUCCUUCAUCAGUUUCAAGAUAUUUAUAUCUUCCUUUCUCUAAUGUCCCCGACCGGCUAUCUAUGGGUAAUCUCUUUACAUGCAUUGCGUGUCCAUUCAAUCCCAGCCUUCCUUCCCUCACUUUCUGCAGUGUCUAGCAUUCCACAUGUUCUUCUGAUCUCUUCAUUUCAGAAUAUCUCUGAUUGGCUCCAUCACAACGUUCAGUGAUCUCUUCAUUGAAUAGCAUUGUAUUGCGUCCCAUUUAAUUCCACUACAUUGCAUUGCGUCCCAUUUUAUUGCAUUGAAUUAGCCUUUCUAACGCCGUCAUUUUUGGGUGGCUUUUCAGCCAAAGUCUGCGAAAUAAGUCCACAUAACAGCGACUUUUUAUAAUUUGGUGGUAAAUUUGCUUUGUAAAUGGUUAGUUUAUUUUGAAAAAUAGUUUUUCACAUUGUUUUAAUUGUCUGCAUUGGUUAACGAGAAUUAGAUGCCACCCAAAAAUGGCGGAUAUUCCUCAUCGUGAGAAAGGCUAAUUGACUUAAAUGUGUUUUAUUGUAUAAUAAAAGGACCUUACAAUGACUAUACAAUCUUGAAGAUGAUUAUGUAAUAUAAUUUUUAUUGUGUUUUAAUGUAUUGAAAUCUUUCAUUGACUUUUGUAGUUUGAAUGCUGCGGAGUGAACGGUACAAUUGACUGGGCUUUCUAUUAUCAGAAAGCAAGUGGAAGUCAUAACAUUGUUCCAGACAGUUGUUGUGUUGUUGAAAAUAAAGGUUGUGGCAAUCCCUACAAGUAUAGCAAUGGCACUGUCGUGAGUGCUAUUUACACCAAGGUAUGACUAAAGACAA